AUGGCUUCUUCAUCGUCUAAUGUGGUGGGUGUCCACUACCGAGUGGGAAAGAAAAUUGGAGAGGGUUCGUUUGGUGUGAUCUUUGAGGGAACAAACCUCUUGAACAAUCAACAGGUUGCUAUUAAAUUUGAACCGAGGAAGAGCGAUGCCCCGCAACUUCGCGAUGAAUAUCGGACCUAUAAGAUCUUAGUCGGGUGUCCUGGGAUUCCCAACGUCUACUACUUUGGCCAGGAGGGCUUGCACAACAUCCUUGUCAUUGAUCUCCUCGGCCCUAGUCUCGAGGACCUCUUUGACCACUGCAACCGGAGGUUCUCGGUCAAGACCGUCGUCAUGGUCGCCAAGCAGAUGCUGUCCCGAGUCCAGACGAUCCAUGAGAAGAACCUCAUCUACCGGGAUAUCAAACCCGACAACUUCCUCAUCGGCCGCCCCAACACCAAGACCGCCAAUGUCAUCCACGUGGUCGAUUUCGGCAUGGCCAAGCAAUACCGUGACCCCAAGACCAAGCAGCAUAUCCCCUACCGCGAGCGGAAGUCGCUGUCCGGUACAGCGCGCUACAUGAGUAUCAACACCCAUCUGGGACGGGAACAGUCGCGAAGGGACGAUCUGGAGGCUCUGGGGCACGUGUUCCUUUACUUCCUACGGGGAGGCCUUCCGUGGCAGGGACUCAAAGCCGCCACCAACAAGCAAAAGUAUGAGAAAAUUGGGGAGAAGAAGCAAACGACGGUUAUCAAGGAUCUGUGCGAGGGAUACCCAGGCAUAGAAGAAUUCACCAAAUACCUGACUUACGUCCGCAACCUCGGUUUCGAAGAUACCCCGGACUACGACUACCUGAAGGACCUGCUCUCGCAGGCUCUUAAGAGUGCAGGCGAGGUUGAAGACGGCGAAUACGACUGGAUGAAACUGAACAAUGGCCGGGGAUGGGAAUACAAAUCGUACUCGUCCCAGCAGCAUCACAACGCUCUCCCCAACUCCUCUGCCCGGGAGCUCCACGCUCAGCAGCUCCGGAUGAGUCAGAGGCCCGGUGUGACGGAGGCUCGUUUAAACGCCGCGCAGCCCCCGCCCCCUUCUCCGGCGAAGCCCGGAGCGGGGAAGGCGCGCGAGCGGCCAAACGUCUCAGGCGGGAUGCCACAGAAGCGCCAGAGCGGGGGGAUGGAUGCGGCGACGCCGGCCGCGUCGACCCAGGCCCAGUUCCAGAACUCGAACGCCAACAUUCCGGGUCACCUGGGGAGCCCCGCCAAUCCGAACAAGGCCAACCAGCAAGCCCAGGGCCCGCAGGGGAGCAACGAACCGCAGCCCACUCUCGUCCAGAAAGUGAUGAAGGCCCUCUGCUGCGGUAGGUGA